GGCGCCCUGCCUGGGCGGGCUAUUUCUCAGUGCGGCGGUGGUGGCUCGGGGACCCGGGCCUUUUGUUUGGAGCAGCUGCGGGAGGGGGGGCCCUGGAGCGGCGAGGCCGGUGGCCUUCCCCAGCUCCCUCGGUCCGGCCGCCCCUCGCAGGGGUGGGGGGCCGCCCCCGAGGCUGGGCCUCACCUCGGGCCCGCUGCCCCGCCCUCGGCCCGCCCCGCCUGCCCGGCCUACGGGGAGGAACCCGCCAGGCCUCGGAGCUGCCCGGCCACCUCCGGAGUCGCCACCACUACCCUCGGAGCACUGAACCCGAGGCAGCCCCUCUUCCGUCAGGCCGUCGCCAUGAAGAUCAAGGAUGCCAAGAAACCUUCUUUCCCAUGGUUUGGCAUGGACAUUGGGGGAACUCUAGUAAAGCUUUCAUAUUUUGAACCUAUUGAUAUCACAGCAGAGGAAGAACAAGAAGAAGUGGAGAGCUUGAAAAGUAUCCGGAAAUAUUUGACUUCUAAUGUAGCAUAUGGAUCCACUGGUAUUCGGGACGUACACCUUGAACUGAAGGAUUUAACACUUUUUGGCCGAAGAGGAAACCUGCACUUCAUCAGGUUUCCAACCCAGGACCUGCCUACUUUUAUCCAAAUGGGAAGAGAUAAAAACUUCUCAACGUUACACACGGUGCUAUGUGCUACAGGAGGUGGUGCUUACAAGUUUGAGAAAGAUUUUCGUACAAUUGGAAACCUCCACCUGCACAAACUGGAUGAACUUGACUGCCUUGUAAAGGGCUUGCUGUAUAUAGAUUCUGUCAGUUUCAAUGGACAAGCAGAGUGCUAUUAUUUCGCUAAUGCCUCAGAACCUGAGCGAUGCCAAAAGAUGCCUUUUAACCUGGAUGACCCCUACCCACUGCUGGUAGUGAACAUUGGCUCGGGAGUCAGCAUUUUAGCAGUCCAUUCCAAAGACAACUAUAAACGAGUCACUGGGACAAGCCUUGGAGGGGGUACUUUUCUGGGCUUAUGCAGUUUAUUGACUGGCUGUGAAAGUUUUGAAGAGGCUCUUGAAAUGGCAUCCAAAGGUGACAGCACCCACGCUGACAAGUUGGUCCGUGAUAUUUAUGGAGGAGAUUAUGAAAGAUUUGGUCUGCCAGGUUGGGCUGUAGCAUCUAGUUUUGGGAAUAUGAUUUAUAAGGAGAAGCGAGAAUCUGUUAGUAAAGAAGAUCUAGCAAGAGCUACUUUAGUAACUAUCACCAAUAACAUUGGUUCUGUGGCACGAAUGUGUGCUGUUAAUGAGAAAAUAAACAGAGUUGUCUUUGUUGGAAACUUUUUACGUGUCAAUACUCUCUCAAUGAAACUUUUGGCAUAUGCACUGGAUUAUUGGUCAAAAGGUCAACUGAAAGCAUUGUUUCUAGAACAUGAGGGAUACUUUGGAGCAGUUGGUGCACUUCUUGGGCUGCCAAAUUUCAGCUAAAGCAUCAAGUUUCUCUCUGCUAAUAAAUGUCAUCCAAGAGGAACUGAAAACCAGAGGCGUUAUUACUGCAUUGUUUGUCACUGGGAACCAAAGGAUAAAAGAGUAGCACUAUUCCUGUUGAUUUUUAAAUGUCAAAAUGGAAAGCCGCUAAAUGUUGCCGUAUUAAAAGACAGAACUCGGUAACAGGUGAAGUAUUUCUAAUUGAAGGGCUUUCCCUUCUGUAUAUAUUCAGUGUUCAAUGCAAUACAGCCUCUGAUAAUUGAGCUUUCUCUCAAAAAGAUUUUCUAUUUAUUUUAUGCAGCCAACAUUACAGUACUGUAUGCUCAAACACAAAUCUUAAAAAUCUCAGAAAUGUUCAGCUCAUGAAAAUAAUUGAUUCCGAAUAUUUGUUACAAGUCUGUUCUAUGUGUGUUUUGGUUACUAGUAAUCAGACAGUAACAUUCCCUGUAUCAAAGUUAAGUGAAAUGGCAAUCAAAGAUGAUCAUUUUUAUGUGAUUUUAGAAAUGUUAAGGCAAUAUUAAUUUUCACUAUUGUAGUUUUCCUAACAUAUCCCUCCCCUCCAAAAAAGUACGUUUAUGUGAUCUUUUCCCAGAAGUACCUUUUUCAAAUGCCAUAAUUUAAUUGAAAUACUGUUAACUAUUAGCCUGAAUUUUAAGUGAAUCCUAGAAAAUGCACAUAUUUGGUGACAUUGCAUUUUCUGUAUUUUAUUAGUUAAUCAAUACAUUUAAAAAUGUUUAAUAUUUUUUAACUGGAGACUUAAUUACUUAUUUGAAAGCCCAUUCGAUGCAGUCCCAGGACUAUUCUAAUGGAGUAUGGUUUGCAUGCAUUGGUAGAGUUCCUGCGCUUCCUAUCCCGUACUUCUCUCAGGCCCAGACUCAGUCAGUUCUGUUUAAUUAGUUCUGAACCAUCAAAGCUAAAGAUUUCCUUCUGUUACGAACAGCAACAAAAUCAUGUUUAUUCUAAAAGGAUGUUAACAGAAAUCUGAAAAAUGAGUUGUUUUGAAACUGGGGUUCUGAGUUUCAAUAAUUUGCAGAAUUACAAAAGGAUCAGUGUUUUAUACAUUCUGGUAAUAAUGGGAUUAUAGUUUCAAAAUUUGUAAAUCCUUUUGCCUUGGAAUUUGUUCUUUAUUUUGAAUCAUUUUUUCAAAGUAGAGAGACUUGGGGGAAAUGUUUGCCUCCUGAAAUUACCAGGAAAUCUGGAUGUGCUCCGAAGAGCUUAAAAAUUGUUUACAUUACAGAAAGAAGUAUUACGAUGUGUUUUUACAGAACACACAGUUUUGCUCCGUGGAGAAUAAUUUUCAUUAGACUAUUAAGAGGUGCUUGCUUGAUAAAGACAUUUCUGUAGUUUUCAAAUUUUGUGCUCAAUUACUUAAAAUCCAGUUUGCUUUCCCUAAAGACACUAACGUGAAUAACAGAAGUGAGUGGGUAAGGGGCAAAGUAUGUCAAGGUAAUGUUUAGAAUUUGGAAUAUUUGGAACUUUGAAUUUAUGUCAACCAGUGGUCAUUUUGAAAACCUACAAUGACUAAAAGUUUCUUCGUUUAAUGUUUCCAUUGUAAUGACUAGACAUUUCGGCCAAAGCUAUCUCUCCGGUCUAUUUUAAAAUUCUGUGAUUUGAGCUGUACAAAAAGUGUUUCGUUCUAAAUGACAAUAACUUCAAGUUAUAUUCCUGUGGCAAACUGUAUGUUAGCAGCUAUGGGUUUGGAGCGGUCUUCAAGAAAAGAAAUGGAAUGAUCAAAGUCUAUGUAAGUUAAUUUCAUCAAUACCUCGGUUAAUUUGGAACUGAUUCAGACUUCUUGUCCUUUGUAACUGAAGUUACCUGCUAUAAUGCAUAUAAGGGGAGUACCACCCCACCACUCUUGCUCUUGACUUUUCUCAUGGGUAUCCUAGAAUUACUGGAAUAAUAACAGAAUUAUGAUGGAGGCUGCCAAGAUUUCUAGUUUUUUAUUAUGAUUUCAAAUUCCUUGUAAGUGUACAAUGGUGAAUAGGUUUGAUUCUAGUCCCAGUCAACAUAAUGCCUCCGAGAUCUGCGUUCUUGAAAAGAGCUAACAAAUAAAACGUGAGCCACGUGUAAUUUUUACAUUUUCUAGUAGGCACAUUUAAAAAGUAAAAGGAAAUAGAUGAAAUUCAUUCUCAUAUAUUUCUGUUGAAUACAGUAUAUCCUCUAUGUUAUUUCAACAUGUAAUCAAUAUUAAAAGUUAUUUAGGAGACAUUUUACGUUCUGGUUUUUUUGUACUUAAUCGUCAAAGGCAGUUUGUAGUUUGCAUUUCCAGCGCAUCUCUGUUUAGACUAACCACGCUUCAGUAGCCAUGGUUCUCGGUAGCCACAUUUGGGUAGUGGUUACUGUAUGAAUGCAGUUUUAGAACGAGUACUGUGAUGUAUCCACUAAAAUUUCAUGAAGAUGUGCUUUUAAAGAAUGUUUGAGGGGAAAAUAUGGGAAGCUUGUUUUUCAGAUAAAGAGGGAUAGAUAGGAAGCUCAUUUGGGCAAGUUUAUUUCGCCCAGACAAGUUGUAUUUCUGACCAUUCCAAAAAUACCUUCCAUUGCAUCCUGCCAUCUCACCGUCGUGCGUAUCGUUUUCCAGUGAUACUGAUGGAGUUGCCCAAGACACAUUCUGACUGCCCUCAGUCUCCAAAAUGCACAUUUCCUUCACUGAAGCAAAUUUGAUGAUUCUAGGGACUUACACUUCCCCCCACCUUAUCUAAUUAAACUGUCAGAAGCCAAUCGUCUAGGAGUAAACAGAGGCCCUUUUAAUUCUUCCUUGAGUUUUGUGCAACCAAGAGAAUCUUCUUUAUACCUUUCGGAUUUAAUUUUCAUUCCUAAAAAUUCCGAUAACAUUGCAAAUGCAGGGAGGACUAUCAAUUUGUGUUGGGGCUUGGUAAAGAACAAGGUCUAGAACUUUCCACCACCACUCAAAAUAGACUGCCUUUUAUAACCAGAGACUUGCACAAGUCGUGGCUUUCAGUUCUGCACCCUGACUUCUUCAAAGACAAAGUAUUAGUUGACUCGGUUGCCUGUCGACCUGGGCAGUUACUUGCUCAGCUCCUCUAAACGGGUGGACUCUGAGUUUAGGUAGUCAGUGCCAUUGCCAAUAAUACGUACGUGGCAACUGACAGUCCUUCAAGAGGGUCAGAAUAUUUGCCAAAUAUUAGACUCUCUAAAGAUUCCUGAGUUCUUGCCUCUGUGUGCCACUGUGAUUGCUGUAUAAGUACUGCUUCCUGACGGUUUCAUUUCUGUAAGCAAAAGGAUGCAGCUGAAAGGGAAAAGGUAUUCCCGUAUGUCUAGCGAUAAGUCUUGCCUCUAAAAGCAGUCCAUCACAUCUGGCCUUGACUUCUAAGGUUGCAUUCUUGGGUGGAACACUUAGAAAGGCAAUAGCUUCCAGAUGUCUUUCAUAACCGCUGUUUGUUAUGUUCAAAAUUUUUCAUGUUUUAUCUUUUUUUUUUUCUGGUUGAGCACGUAAUGCUUUUUAAUCUAUUGCAUUUGAGAAUCUAGUUUAAAAACUCUCCUUUAAAGCCAUGUGAAACAGAAUAAUCACCAGGAAAGUGAGUGUGCAUUAUUUUGCAUUUAACUUACUAUUUUGUGGUACGUAUAAACAAAAAAACUAGGAAUAUAUUGCCUUUUUGUAAUACUACUUACUCUUUGACCUAUUGAAGAUGAUUUGCCAUGAAAUGUCAUUGAUGUCCUAUUUUCCCCAGUAAGUUUAUUACAGUGUUUUAUUCUAAUACCGGAGGAAUUCAGCCAACUUUUAUCUAUCAUCAGAUAAUCUCACAAAUAAUGUGCUUUAUACCACCGCCUGUUUUCAAUACUUUAGACAGUAAUUGUCUUAUAUUUUCUACUGAGCCUGGUAAAAAUCAUCAAAGUCCCAAAAAAGUAAUUUUUUUCUUCCGUUAAAGUAUUUUAAUAGCCUGUUAAAAAUUAUGGCAUGAAAAGUCAUCCCAGCUUUGCAGCCUUAUCUAAAUUUUGAGUAAUCUCCACUUCCAGAAAGUUCACAUCUUCUUAAAGCGAUCCCUUUUGCGUUAUCUGUCUUAAGUGGUCAGUGGAUAUGGGAUCAUAAUUUGAUACUGUGUUAGCAACAACACCGGUUACCAGUGUAACUUCUUCGAAGGUUAUGUUCUUUAUUUGUAAAAUGAGGAGAUUUGAUUUGUUACAAUAGGAUCAGUUACCAUCAGGAUCCUGAGAAAGAGUUUUUUUGCUGCAUUCAUGGCAGCAUUUGGAAUGACUAAAACAGCUUGUUCAGAUAACUAGCAUUAUGUUUGGGAAUUUAUUUUAUUUGUAUAUGUUGACAGGUACUAGAUUUUGAAUUCUCACCAAACCAACAGAAUGGUAUUAGUUAUUCUCUCAUAAUGUUGUGUUACUGCCUGUAAGGGCCAGAUAGGUUUACCUUAAAGUAAUCUGAAGGAUUUUAUGUACAAGUAUGUCCAUAAAAGUGUGUGUACUUUAAUCUGUAAAGGUGUCUGGAAUUUUAAUUUUGUUAACUUCAAAAUUAUAUGGGCAUUAUUAUAGCUCUUCCAUUGUACAGAAAAACAUCCCACUAAAUCCAUAGAUAUUUGAAUAUUAGGUAUUUUGGGGGAGGGUUUUAGUGGCCUUUUCUUCAAGCUGUUUAUUUCUAAACAUUGUGAGUGGGGAUAGAUGUGUCAUAAACCCCUCCUGGAAUUAUUUAUUGCUUUUGUCAAAUAAUUUGUAGCGAAAUUUAUAAAACACGAUUUUAAUUACCUACAAGUUAGUUGAAAUCUUUCAUUAUGGAUUAUAGUCGUCUUCUUCAAAUGUAAUGAAGACCUGAAACACUUUUAUCCUUCGGGAUGUCUGAGGAGAAUCAGAUUGGACCUGUGUAUGACAUUCCCAGUGUACUACUGAAAAUCAGUGUAGCAGUGAGCUGACAGUGGGACUUCAGGUGCUGAGUCAGUGCUGAGUGAUGCAUAAGGGGGAAGUCGGGUUUCUUUCCCCCCUUAAGAAAAAGAAAAUCUUUACACUCUGGCUCUUUCUGUAGUCAGAGGUUAUUUUUCUUUUAGAUGUUCAGUCUUUGCCGCAGCUGCCACUAGUUUUGUGUUCAAAAGAACUAAUGAGGAAUGUAUUUUUCAAAGGAGUAAAUGAAGUUAAAAUUCAAGAUUUUGAAUUGUAUAAAUAUGCAAGUAAACUUCAAUUCUAAGCUAGUGCUAUAUAUUUUUUGUUACUAACAUCUUUCCUACACUGCAGUGCUCAACAGUUCCAAUAGCUUUCCAAUGAGACAGAGCUGCUUUUACAGAAUGUGUAAAGUCUACACAAAUAAUGGAGGUAGUCUGAGAUUAUUUUAGCCUUACAUCAUAUCUGAAUCAUAUGGAUAUUAUACUGACACAGUCAGUAGUUGUCGCAGAUAUUAAGCCAUUUUGAAAUUUGCCACUUUUUUCUGAGGUACUCCUUUUAGUUUACAACAUUUAGAAACAGAAGAUAACUUUAUAGACCUGACAUCAGUUUCCUCGUCUCCUUUUCCAAAUGUAACUAUUGGAAUUAGGAUGUGAGUCAUGAUAAGAUAGUUUUAUCAUUUUUUUAAUACAUUGUGUGCUUUCACUUUUUAUUUGAACUACAGUGAAACUUUUGACUUUGUAACUGAAGUUGUCUUAAUUCUUCCAAGUUAUUGACCAAAUCAUACAUAGAUCUUGGUAUGUGUUCAUUUUACUUAUACAAGCCAUUUCAGUUUAAGUUGCCUUAUUCUCUCUAUUGCAUUCUUCUUGUCAAGUCUAAGGUUUGUCAUGUUGGAAUUCUUCUAACACUGCAUCUGCAAUGUAAAAAUGUAUGAUGGAUAUACUACAGAUUUUAUUCAUAAUAAACUAAGUUAUAGCCUAUUAUAACCUAUAAGACAUUUCUUGUAAAUUGUCUAAUUUAUUUUUUCAUUUGUGUACAGUUUCUUCUGUAAAUUUUUAAAAUAUUUGUUGUGACCUGUUCUAGAAACAUUACCACACUCUUCCUUAACGCUUACUUGCAUGAAAGAAAUGGGUUUGGCUGGUUUGUAUGUAAACACAUUGUAUGGCCUUUGAGCCAACUUCAGUACUCUCUGCCUUUUCUGUAGUUGAACUUUCUAGUUUUGUUCAUAUUCUAAAUAAAUGUUAAAAUCAUGCUUUUUAUUUCCUACUUUAUAAAUAAAUUCUCUAAGUUGUUUACUA